AUGACGAGCAACGACGACAGCGUCAGCCGCGAGCCCUCGCCCGUCCCCUCGGAGGCCCCCGCUCCCCCCACCCAGUCCCCAGAGGAGGUGAGGGCCGAGGAGGUGCCCGACCAAGAGGGGCAGGCCAGACCCUCUGGUCCCCAAGAGGCAGGGGCUGCCCAAAAAGCCCAAGACAGCGACGACCUGCCAGACUACGAGUCUGAGGAGGAAGAGGCGCCGGCACCCGAGCCCGCGACACCGGCGCCGCCGCCUCCAACUGCCGAGGAGGCCCAGUGGCAGGUCGCGCUGUCCGAGGCCGACGUCUUCCUGGACCUGAUGUCGGACAUCCUCCUCUUCGGCCCGGCCCCGCCGGCGACCGGAGGGGAGGAGGAGAACAACGACGACGAUGACGACGCUUCCGGGGGCAACAGCUCCGGUGCCGAGGAGUCUGCCGCCCACGGCAGCGAGACCGAGGUCGACCCGGAGGCCGACUCCGAGUCGGAGAGGGAGGGCUGA